AUGUUUCAAAUAAUAACACAGGAAGGCUGGACGGAUGUUGUAGUUGAAAUUCUGCGUACCACGAACGAAUCAAUGGUUCCAUUUGUCGCAAUAUAUUUCGUCGGAUAUCAUUUAUUCGUCACUUUGGUAACGAUUGUGCUUUCGCUCUUCGUUGCGGUCAUUCUGGAUAAUUUGGAAAUGGAUGAAGAGUUGAAAAGGAUCAAACAACUAAAAGCCAGAGAAGAAGUAGUGUAG